UCUGUUAUAACGUAUUUCGGAGAUGGAGGAGAGAAAGUUGCCCAAAUGGAUGGAAAAAAGGGCAGCCGCGAGGAAGAAAAUAAAUGAAACCCUUCACAUAGCCGAAACAGAAAUUGAGAAGCCUUUAUUGUCUUUUGACGGGAAGUUGAAAUAUUUUGAUACAGUGGGUGAAUGGGGUUUUGUUUGUGAAGCUAUUUUGAAACAGCUGGAGACACUUGAAGAACUGGUCAUCGGAUUUGACUUGGAAUGGCCUGUGAGGUAUAAACUCGGACAAAGGCAAUGCAGGACGGCCUUGAUUCAGUUAUGUGUCAGCAAAGAAAUUUGUUACUUGUUGCAAGUUUAUGAAUGGCAGAAGCUUCCAAAAGUGUUCGUAAAUAUUAUCAGACAUCCCAAAGUAAAACUUGUUGGUGUCAAUAUCAGAUGUGAUGUAUGGAAACUGGGGCGGGACUUUGGCAUUUCCGUGGCCUCCAUCAUGGAAAACAAUGCAGUGGAACUGAAUCAUCUGGCUAACAGACUAUUUUCUAUAAAUGAAUGUUGGAGCUUAGAAAGAUUAGUUUUAUUUGUACUAAAAAUGCGGCUUGCUAAACCAGAAGGUAUUAGAUUGAGCAAUUGGGUUCAAAACCCUUUGACAAAAUAUCAGCUUGAAUAUGCUGCAAAUGAUGCGUAUGCUUCUUUGAUUCUCUACAAUAAAUUGAAAGAACUAGAAGUCAAAUUUAACUUGAAAGAUGAGCAUUUGAAAUAAAGACCUGGCCCAAGUUGAGUGCAAGGAUCAAUUGAAGAUUUUUUCUUUGGUAGCCAUUAAUGAGUAAACUACAUCGAAGUAUUGGAUUCUAACGGGAAACUUCUUUUGGUUUUAGAAGCAGCUUACCUUUAUUUUAUUCUUCCAGAUAAUACUAUAGACAAACAAAAUGUAACAAGAAAAAUAUGAAAACACAAUUUUUAAUAUCAUCUUUCUUAAUUUAAGAAUUAUUGAAGACUUAUGGAUGCACAAGUAUUUAAUCUAACAUAACAUCAUACUAGUGAAGUUAUGCAUUUUAAUUACUACAGUUUUGUUAUAUAAAUAGUAAAUUUUACAAUCAAGUGAAAAUUUUAUUAGAAAAAUUUGUGCCAAUUACUUUGCCACUUAAAUCUACAAAUCUUUUGUUUAUAAUCGUAUAAGACAUUUUAUUAAAUUUAAAUGUGUAUUCUUAAUGGUUUAAAGGAUUUUUUUACAUUU